AUGUCGCUCGGCAAUUGUUGGUGCCAAUCUCAACAGACAUGGAUGUCGCAAACGAAUCCGAUUGUGGAUGGAAGAGUUCCCGGACGAGACGGAUAUGAGACGUGCCCCAUCGGUCCUGAGCACCAACGAGAGUGGGCACUUCCCGUGAAACGUGCUGAAGAAUACAGGUUUCAACAUCACGACGUUAAGGCUUCAUGGGAAUGCAAAGUCGCACUACUACAAGACGAUGGCUUUCGUUACAUGUGCGGGCUUCGCGCUUAUGAGAUCGUACGCAAGCUUGGAGACUCUGGUCCAUUUCAACCGGAGGAGGCCGAGGAGUGGUUUAAAGAGGUCGGUUGCCUCGAUGGCCACGUCCCCUCGCCCGAAGUCGACAUUGCCUACGAGGUUCGAAACCUUUCCUACGACGGCAUCGAAGGCAUUGCUAUAGUACUUCCGCCAGGAUACAAGUGUCCGAGGCACGGCUGUGACAGCUAUCAUUCCGUGUUUAAGGUCAAAUUCAUUCUGCAAGUCCGGCUGCGGAGGUUCACAGCUUCUGACUGGACAAAGUACACGAACAAGCCGGAUCUUGAGUAUUCCCACCUGGACUCUCAGACACAUUGCAUGAAUCCGGUGCACGCCAUAUACGAGCGAGGUGUCGUAAAUGUGGCCCGCCAGAGAUGCACUACUACCGGGAAAAAGAAAUAUGACCACGCCAUCGAAGUUCUCUUGAUGUGGUCUGAGGUGAUGAUGCACAUUACGCUAUACUUCUUCUUCGAAGAGGAGAUCGGAGAGUGCGGUGCUGGGGUGAAUUCGAAGCUCCUCGCUCGUGAACGCAAGAAGCACAACUUCUUGGAGGUUCCUAUGAACUUCCAUCCCAUGACACUCGAUUGCAACACUCUGUUCCCCCAUACAGAUGGCUCAUACCAGUACAUGGAGCAGAUUCUUCUCGAGCGAGAGGUGAUCACCGACGUGGGGUCCAUGAUCAACACGAUGCACUUCACGGACCCCAAGACUUCCUGCAACUUCAUGGGUCAAGUGAAGAAGUCGUUCAACAAAGCCAUAGUCAAAAGAUCCGAGGCGAUGAUGGAGUCGCGAUCAGCUGUAUCUGAAGCAGAGGAGGAGACUUUCAUGUGA